UUGUUUAUUGUGAUUCCGCAUUCUUUCUUCAUUGAUUGUUCGGCGCCUGCUGUCAUACUAGUUUACUGAAAUACUUAACUGCCGAUUUACGGGUCUGACUACAAAGGUAAGAGGACCGUUGCCGCUGUAAAGCAAAAAAUGACUAGGCCUGUGAGUAGACAUUUGAACAAACAACAACGUUAGGUAGUAGAUAAAGUGAUAACACCGCUAAUGCUCGAUAGAGUACUUGUCUACUUCAGUUGAAAAUCAAAACACAACGUAGUUCGCAGUGGCUAGCAAUUCCCCGGCCUAGGUUGGCAGGCACUUUACUAAUACAAUGAAAUGACUUUACGGUAAGCUAAUAUCGCAAGUCAUUUCAUCAGGUUUCUAUAAGUAGGUAGGCUACACUUACUAAGCCACUGGUAACGAGACAAGAAUAAUUGUGCUGUUUACAAGUGUUCUUUUAAUUACAAAACUGUUUUAGCUGUGUGUGACUUAUGAGUCCUUUGCCGUAGCCUACGUAACUGUCGUUAGUUUCACUUCCAGUAUUUUUUUUUAAGAAAUCGGGCGUAGUUCAUCCCAGUCUUACUUUUGGAGACUUCCUCUAGCAAGUUCGGAAACACCAAUGUUUUUACAGUAUUGUUUUUCUCAUUCUGUCUUGUGUUCGAGGUGUUUUCCACCGAUUGACCGGAAGUAACGAUACUUUCGUAUCUGUUGUGAGAGGUUUGAUUUGGGCAAGGACGCCAGCCUGACUGUUCACCUCAUAUGAAGGACAUAGGGCAGGGACCUGGAACCUGUAGAGGGGCUGACCACCAAUAACCACCACGAAGAGGAUGUUUGCUCUUGUGACUGGAUUCCUCUAUUUCCCCAUGUCAGAGAUGGCAAGAUGAGAUUUGGUGAGAGAGAGAGAAACAGGCGGUAAAACUGGCAGCAUUGUCUACAGCACUACAGAUUCGUUGUCCAACUGAGUCUUUACAGGAACAUACUGCGCAUUACCCUGCCCUGUAAACAUAAGUGAAUAAACACAAGCUGUCACUGAUGCCCACUUGUUGGUGACCUCAGUUCAACCUAUUUUGCAUCCAUUACUCAGUUGCUGGUCAAGAACCCUGUGUCAGCCUGAUGCUGAAUGUGAAAACACAGCAACUUAGGAUCACUAACUCUUGAAGUCUGGAAAGGCUGUAUUUCCACAUCAGAUUAAGGGGAGACAUUCAACCUGGAGCAAGCUGGAACAUGCCUGCGUGAGUUUGGAUUCCUGUACUAAUGUGGGAAAGGACUGCUGCUCAAGACUUCAGUAUUAUCUGCAGAUUUGUAGAAGAUGAUAUCUGAAUGAACUUAACCAAAACUGCCUAUUGUCAGUCAUUUGUCACUGGAUGGAUGUUUAAACUGGAAUUUUACAGGAGAGGAUGUUCUGGGUUCAGCAGAGAUGAUGAGCCACCCUUUUCUACAGUUGAGCUCUGAUGGACCAACUUGUCCAUCACAUUGAGGUCACAGGGAAAAGGACAUAGAGAGAGACAAGGGGAACUUGGCUGGGCUGCUAAGUAGCUUUUAACAAGGAAGGACAGCGCUGCACAAUGGCUGGGAAGGACUAUCAUCAUCUCUUCAAACUGCUCAUCAUCGGAGACUCCAAUGUGGGGAAGAGCAGUCUGCUUCUGCGCUUUGCUGACAACUCCUUCUCGGGCAGCUACAUCACUACUAUCGGAGUAGACUUUAAGAUCCGCACUGUAGACAUCGCAGGGGAACGAGUCAAGUUACAGAUCUGGGAUACAGCUGGACAAGAACGAUUUCGGACCAUCACCUCCACGUAUUACAGGAACACCCAUGGUGUUAUUAUUGUGUAUGAUGUUACAAAUCCUGAAUCAUUUGUAAAUGUCAAGAGAUGGCUGAACGAGAUCUCCCAAAACUGUGAUAAUGUUUGCAAGAUCAUGGUUGGGAACAAGAGCGACGACCCCACCAAGAGGCAAGUGGAAACGGGGGAUGCCAUGCGCUUUGGCGAGUCUGUGGGGGUCAGGGUGUUUGAAACAAGUGCCAAGGAAAACAUUAAUGUAGAGGAGAUGUUCAUGGCUUUCACUAACAUGGUCCUGGGGGCCAAGAAGCAGAGCCAGAGCCGGGCGGAGCGAGAGAGGGAGCGAGAGAAGGACACGGUCAACAUCAACUCCCACCGGGACCGAGAGAGAAGGAAGCGAGGGAAGAAGUGCUGCUGAAGGAGGGAGGGAGGGAGGGAGAGAGGGAGGGGGAGAGGGAGAGCUGCGGCGCUCUAUGGCCCAGUAUGAAUGACAAACCCAUAACAUUGCACUGACCGAGGUAUUGGAGGGGGAAAACUACUGCUAAGUGCCGAAAUGUCACUCUGGUGUUUUGCUUUUUAUGUCUGUCUUUCUCGUCUUUUUUUUUAACUGAAAGGGAACCGUGUCCCAUUAUGUUUCAUCGUUAUUAAAUUUGUCUAAUCAGCGAUGUCUGUUAACAGGUGUUAAGUGUUCUGCUGUGAUCACCUAGUGAAUUGUCAUUUUGACUGUUCCAGUCAGUUGAAAUGAGAUGUCAAGUAACGCAUUAGCAAUAAAUGAGUCCUUCUAA